CGCUCGUUUCCGGCUGGGCGGAACGCCUCUUGCACUCCUUCCGUGGUCUCCUGGUGCCGCUUCACAACCGGCGUGAUGGGCAAGAAGGGCAAGAAGGAGAAGAAGGGCCGCGGCGCGGAGAAGACGGCCGCCAAGAUGGAGAAGAAGGUGUCCAAGCGCUCUCGGAAGGAGGAGGAAGACCUGGAGGCCCUCAUAGCCCAUUUCCAGACCCUGGAUGCCAAAAAGACCCAGGUCACAGAGACACCAUGUUCUCCACCUACCCCACGGUUAAAUGCUUCCCUGUCUGCUCAUCCAGAGAAAGAUGAAUUAAUCCUUUUCGGAGGUGAAUAUUUCAAUGGCCAAAAAACCUUCAUGUAUAAUGAACUAUACAUCUACAGUAUCAGAAAGGAUACCUGGACGAAAGUUGACAUCCCUGGCCCACCUCCAAGGCGCUGUGCUCAUCAGGCUGUGGUAGUGCCCCAGGGUGGUGGACAGCUGUGGGUCUUUGGUGGAGAGUUUGCAUCUCCUGAUGGUGAGCAGUUCUACCAUUACAAGGACCUCUGGGUCCUGCACUUGGCCACCAAGACCUGGGAACAGAUUCGAUCAACAGGGGGCCCUUCAGGUCGUAGUGGACAUCGGAUGGUGGCCUGGAAGCGACAGUUAAUUCUUUUUGGUGGCUUCCAUGAAAGCACAAGGGACUAUAUCUACUACAGUGAUGUGUAUACCUUCAGCCUUGAUACCUUCCUGUGGACCAAGCUGUCCCCUUCUGGCUCUGGGCCCACACCCAGGUCAGGCUGCCUGAUGGCUGUCACCCCCCAGGGCAGCAUUGCCAUCUAUGGGGGUUACUCAAAGCAGAGAGUCAAGAAGGAUGUGGACAAAGGCACCCAGCACUCAGACAUGUUCCUGCUGAAGCCUGAGGAAGGGGGAGAAGGCAAAUGGACUUGGACCCGGAUUAACCCUUCAGGGGUCAAGCCUACUCCAAGGUCUGGCUUUUCCGUGGCCGUGGCUCCAAAUCAUCAGAUACUGGUCUUUGGGGGCGUGUGUGAUGAGGAGGAAGAGGAGAGCCUGGAGGGCUCUUUUUUUAGUGACCUGUAUUUCUAUGAUGCUGCCAGGAGUCGCUGGUUCGCAGCACAGCUGAAGGGCCCCAAGUCGGACAAGAAGAAGCGGAGGCGGGGCAAAGUAGAGGAACAUGAAGGUGCCACUGGACAGGAGAAUGGGGGUACUGGUGCCCCAGAGCCGCUGGAGGUGAUAAAAGAGGUGGUGGCUGAAGAUGGGACAGUGAUCACCAUCAAACAAGUGCUUGCUCCCUCUGGGCUGGUGCUACAAUCCCCAUCUAAGGCUGAAGACCGUGCUCUGGAGGCCAGCAGCACUGGGCAGGAGCCAUGUCCGCGUUCAAAUGCCAUGCUGGCUGUCAAGCAUGGACUGCUCUAUGUCUAUGGUGGCAUGUUUGAAGCUGGUGACCGCCAAGUGACCCUUAGUGAUCUCUACUGCCUUGACCUUCACAAGAUGGAAGAAUGGAGAACCUUGGUAGAGAUGGAUCCAAAAUCUCAGGAGUGGCUGGAAGAGACCGACUCAGAAGAGGACAGCAGCUCAGAUGAGGAGGGUGCAGAGGGGGGCGAGGCGGACCAGGAGGAGGACAGUACGGAGGACAGUGCUGAAGAGGGAGCAGAUCCACAGCACCCAGAGAUGGCUCCUGGGGAGCAGUACGAAGAGUACCUGUCCCGCACUGAACAGUACUGGCUGAAGCUUGCCCGGAACCACAUGGGGCCCGAUGCAAAGGAGAAGAAAGUGCUGAAAGUAGCCCAUGCCAUGGCAAAAACAUUCAUUGAUGAUGCAGUUCAAGACAUUGCCCAGGCCAAACUCUAGAUUCAGCAUCAUUGAUGUCCUUUAAGCCAGGAAUGAGGAGGCCCCUGCAGAGGUUGUCUUCUGUGCAGCCUUAGGUGCCAGCAGCCUGAUGAGGAAGGAAUUCACCAUCUUCACAGCAGCUUUUGUCCACUCUGAGGGAAGGUUAGAGUGAGACGUGAAUGUGAGGGACCUAUAGGAUAUGUGUCCUAAUAAAGCUGGCUGUGUGCUCUAAGGUUUUCCUUCUUCUACAGAACAAGGAGAUAAGCUGUGUGUCAUCAAACUGAAGGUCACCAACAGCCCAGCAGUCACCUGAAGCUGCUGUGGAGUGUUUACAUCUCUUACGCCAGUUAGCCUUCUCUGUUAUUUGCCUCUGUGCUGUGGGUUUCAUGGUAGAAUAUUAUGCAUGCAUGGAUAUGUCCAUUUUUUUUUCCUCCCUCACUUUCAGGCAUAUAUUUUUAGGGCUGGGAUGGGUUUUGAGACAGGGUUUCUCUGUGUAGGUCUGGCUGCUCUGGAACUCACUCUGUAGACCAAGCUGGCUUUGAACUUAGAUCUGUCUGCCUCAGCUUCCCGAGUGCUGUGAUCAAAGGUCUGUACCACCACCACAACUACCACCUGGCUUAGACAUGUCUUUUCACUUUAUUCAUGUGAAUGUAUUUGUCAAGUGUUCAUGGAGGCUAGGAGUCCUGGAGCUGGAGUUACAGAGAGUUAUAAGAUACGUGAGAUGGGUACUGGGAACUGAACCUGGGCCUUGAGGAAAGGCAGCAGGUGGUCGUAAGCUCUGAGUUGUCACUCGCUUCAGCCCCUCCACUGCAGUAUUUCUGAGUAGGAAGUGGUGGCACCUCCCCUUCUUUCCUUUGGACAUUGUCUUCUGUGAAAUGAUAGGGAGGUUGCAGGGUAAGAACCCGGCUCCUCAUGGCACUGCCAGUGCCUACUGCACAGCCGGCAGGAAGAGUGACAGAGCCAGGCCAGACCAGGCUACAUAGCGAGACUGAUUCUAAGCCAAGGCAAGAGAAAUAGAAAAGCUCCAAGGAAUCAGCUCCUUGUUGGGAAGUAUCUGCUGCCUGUCCUGGCCUGUGAGCUUCACAGGGUGAAUGGGUGGCCAUCUGACUGGGCACAAGGCCGAGUUCAAGCAGACAGACCUUAACCGUGAAUCAGUGAGGAAGGGCUCACCCAGGCAGGGUGAACCAGGCAGACCUCAGGAUGGACAUGGCUUCACUGCCACCAUCAGUUGGGGAUGUCCAAUAUCACUGUGGCUACUGUGACAAGGGCAGAGUUGGGUGUGUGCAGCCUGGGCUGCUGGGUCAGGGUAACCUGGAAUACAUGGUACCUGUGACUUUUUGCCCACUCCUGGCAGCAGUCUGUGACCCCAGGUGGGUGUGUGGGGUUUGAGUAUGGUAUCCCCAGGAGCAGCUGAGCUAGCUACCUGGUUCAUGCCAUUAGCUAAGGCUGAGGGGUUGCUUAAAGGUCCUGGAUCUUUUGGGGUUGGUAGAGUUGAAUCAUAACAAAGGAAACACUGAGCAAGGAAACACCAAGCAGACUGGAAACCCUUGUCUUUUUUUUUUUUGUUUGUUUGUUUGUUUGUUUUUUUGUUUUGAACACAGGUUCUUACUAUAUUAGCUCUGGCUGUGCUAGAACUUACUCUGUAGACCAGGCUGGACUCGUAGAGAUCCACCUGACUCUGUCUUGCUAGUGCUGGAAUUAAAGGUGUGUGCCACUACACGUGGCUGGAAACC